ACCGGUGCGAGCGACUAAUUACCAUAAUAAGGUGUACAAGUUCGCCAGCGAGUCCGGCACGUUUUUAUUCCUCUGUAUGUGUGAGCGUGGAGCCAGUCAGCGCUGCCGCAGCGGGGAGGGAACACACACACACACACACACACACACACGGACAGAGACAGGAGCUGGCAGCACAUGAUCACACAGGCUCUCCAUUCACUCAUCCACCGGAGCAUUCGUAAUUGUGCUGCCUUCAACAUAUGGGAAUACAACAAGGCGAGGUCGUGCUCGCACCUGACUGUGGAGGACGCACGAGGAGCCGCCGAACCCGAAAAAGGGCGACCAAAUCUGGGGAACUGUGCAUGAAAGGAGAGCGUGGCAGCCGAAACACCAUCCGAGAAUUAAUCUGACGACGGGGGAGACAAGUAAUCAACAUCGAACCUGUACGUCAAACCACAGAGGACAGAGUGGUUUGUGAGAAGAGAAGGAGUUUGCCAACACACGCCACCUCCAGUAUCCGCUUUCCUCUCUGUUUGCGAACCACUUUUGAGAAGAGGCUGAAGGAAACGCGUUGAGGACGCAAAGUUCAAAUGGUGUUGCUGGACCGUCUACCCUGUCAGCCCCACUUCAAAAAGGUGGAGGUCUCAGGAUUCCAGCUGACACCAAGAAUUUGAGGAUCAACUACAGACCUGAAAAAGAGGGACAGAGCGUAUGCUUACCAUGAUGGUUCCUGCAAGAGUGGCAAAAUUCUGGGCUCGGCUCAUUCUCCUCAUCCUUUGCUUGACACUACAUGCCGGCAUGCUUCAGUUCACUGCGGCAACGAUACAAGGAUACAUUGAAGAUGAGGACAUGGUUUGUCCAUCUGAAUGCAGGUGUGAUGAGGACUUCAUCUACUGCAAUGAUCGUGGCCUAAACUCAAUUCCGUCACUGCCUCCAACUGCAUCCGUCCUCUACCUUCAGAACAACCACAUAAACAACCCAGGCUUGCCCACCUCUUUGGAGCGCCAACUUUCUGUCCGUGUGGUCUACCUCUAUGACAAUGAACUGGAUGAAUUCCCCUUGCACCUUCCACCAUCUGUGCGUGAACUGCAUCUGCAAGACAAUAACAUCCGCACUAUUCCUCGCAGCGCUCUGGCUCGGAUGCCCCUGUUAGAAAAGCUCCACUUGGAUGACAACUCUAUUUCCACUGUCAGCAUCGAGGAUCAGGCCUUUGCUGAUAACCCACGGUUGCGCCUACUUUUCCUUUCGCGCAACCAUUUGUCCAGUAUCCCCUCAGGACUACCUGCAUCUCUGGAAGAACUCCGCUUGGAUGAUAACCGAAUCUCCACAAUCCCAACCCAUGCUUUUCGAGGUCUCGGCUCACUUAGAUGUCUUGUCCUGGAUGGAAACCUUUUAGCAAACCAGCGAAUUGCUGAUGACACAUUCUCUCGCCUUUCCAACUUGACUGAGUUAUCCCUAGUCCGUAACUCCCUCCAGACCCCACCUGUCAAUCUGCCCAGUGCCCAUCUGCAGCGCCUGUCUCUACAGGACAAUGCUCUCACUCAUAUGCCUCGUGGGUCUUUGGAUGGCAUGCACAGGUUGCAGAGGCUGGACCUGUCAGGAAACAACCUGACCACCCUACCAAAAGGACUGUUCAAAGACAUGGAAAGCCUGGGUCAGUUGCUGGUGCGAGGUAAUCCUUGGCACUGUGGCUGUAACUUGCGUUGGUUGUAUGACUGGCUGCUUGCCCGUGGUAACACCAUCACUGUCAGAGGUCUCACCUGCCAUGGACCUGACAGAGUGCGAGACAUGGCUUUGAUAGACCUGGCCAGUGAGAUGGUGGAAUGUGAGGUAGUGAGAACAGCAGGGACCAGAGAUAGAGUUGGUGGAGGUGGAGUAGAUAGCUCUACUACUCACACCCCUCCACAGGGUUCUCUCUUCACCCUUCGCUCAAAACGACCUGGACUCGGGCUUCCUGACUCAGGUUUAGAUUAUACUCUUAGCAGCAGUGGUGUGGGGAAGAGCUUGGCCCUGAAUGUGAAGGCUCUCUCUCACAACAGUGUCCGUGUGACCUGGAGUGUGGCCCAGCCCAGCUCCUCCUUUAGGCUGAGCUGGCUCCGACUGGGCACUGGAAACGCCAUGGGAUCGAUCACAGAGACAUUGGUCCGGGGGGACCGACGAGAGUAUCUGCUCACCUCGUUGCAACCUCGUUCAAGCUACAUCAUCUGCAUGGUGCCCUUGGCUUCAAGUUCAGAAAGCAAAGGGGCAAUUUCUGGAGAUGCUGACGCAGAUGAAGCUCUGGUAUGUGCAAAAGCUGAAACUUCAGACCUCAACCCAAUAGAGGAGGAAGAAGAUAAAAAUUCACAGCAAUUGACAGCACUGCCAUUGGCAGGGAUUAUAGGUGGAGCUACUGCCAUUGUGUCUUUGGCUCUUAUUUUUGGCAUCUUCUGUUGGUAUGGACAUAGGACUGGACAUUUGUGUUCCCGUGACCACUAUACUCGCAGUAGCUCUCGAAAAAGUAAAACCUAUGAUGAUUACAUUGAGUCGGGCACCAAAAAGGACAAUACCAUCUUGGAGAUCCGUGGCCCAGGGUUUCAGAUGACUCCUAUGGCGGCUUGCCAGCCAAUGCAGGCUAAGCCUCUUCGAGAGGAUUACAUCAUUCAUACCAUUUAUCCCUCCAAUGGCACCGGGUUGUACAAAGGUGCUAACCAGGAUUCUAACGCAGGACACGGCACCAACCGUGGGUACAGAGAAGGAGGAAUCCCAGAUAUAGACUACUGUUACACAUGAUGUAAUUUACCAGAUCCUAUUCACAGUGUUAUUGGAAAACUGUAUAGAUGCACAAUUUCCCUUCGCAUGGACUCUUCUGAAGCACCCCUCUGUGCCUUCUUCUUCUGGUCACCCAUUCCAAAUUACUUGCUGUUCAAUGCACUGAAAGUACUGUAUGUGAUUAACUGGAAUGGAAAUCAUGUGGGAACAGUUCACUGCAGGAAGCAGUAGCCUGCACCCCAGGUGUAAAUGCACAGCUGACCAUUCCCCCACCAUCUUAGAAAUGAUCUGUGUAUGUUGUCUUUUCUGCUCUUCUCCAGUGACCUGUUGACAAAGAAUGUAUCCACUAUGGUCAGACUUGGUGUCGGUGCGGAUAGUGUUCUUUGGCACACUGGACUCAUAGCAGUCAAUUAUAAGUGGUUUAGGAAUUACGAUAAAAAGACAUUUUUUGAUAUUCAUGUCCUGCUCACUCAUCAUACGCAGUAUGUAGUCUUAUCAACUCAUUGUUCCAAAUGCCUCAACUCUAUCGAUGUGCCCUACCAGCUAUUCCAAGGAAAGGGCUUUGUAAAGCUGUGAAUUGUUCUAUUUCAAACGAUCCAAUAACCACUUGUCUUAAAGUAGGCUUGUUAUUACCUUAUUCAUUUGUCAUCAAGUUGGAGAUCUUAUCUGGGCUGGUCAGCCUUGGUUAUACCUCUUUGAGAUCCUCAGCUUGAGCUCAGUAUUGUAGUGUUGCAUCAGAUUAGAUGCAGCACGAGUGUGUAGAUAAUUUACUUAGAUACCGACCGGACUGUGUUUGAAAAAUGCUUUGCUAUUUUUUAUCAGUGGUUUGUUUAGUAAUCAGGUCCUGCACAGCUCUCUUUAUUUAUUUUACUCCUUAUGUAAAGCUUUUUGUCUCUGCUUAAAUGUCUUUUUUUCAUUUUAACUUCCUUGUUUGUUAUUACUGACGAAAACCCAGCUUUGAUGAAGACAGUGGAUUUGGUUUAUCUAAGCAGCAACAUAGGAGAACACUGUCUCCAGGUUUGUGUUGUCUUAAAUUCUUGAAUGAGACUUUAAAAUAUGUAAUCGGAAAAUUAGACCCCUUUCCAAAGACUAGCAUGCAAGCCCACUGAGAUGAGAAACCAACCUCAAUCUGUCUUUUCCAUUUUGUGCCUGUGUGCUUAUCCUGUGACUUCAUUUUAUGUCUUAUGGUUAAAGAACAUUUCUUCCACAUACUUAAGGUGAUGCCAGUGUUUCCACAGCACCUGGACUGGACAGUAAUACUAAUGCGGAAUGUCCUGCAGCCUCCUGUAUGAGGCAGACUCUAAUGAGUGAACCAUGAAAAGAGGGAGAGAACUGUGAGUGCAACUGAGGAAACCGCAACACUGUUGACCUGCACUGUGGGGCAGCGGCCAAACUGUGGGUGGGUGGAUGGACUGGUGGGGUGUUUUCGAGGUAGAGCGACUCAUCAAUGAGGGGAGUUCAUUGAUGUUUGUUUUAGCAAAGGUAAAAGGCCUCCACUUAUUCCACCUCUUUUAUUACUGAGCAGCACUAAAAAUGUAAAUGUAUCAGCACUUAGCAGAGAACAGGGACAAAUGUAAUGGCAGGCACACGGAGAUGGAGGAAAAAGAAACAUCCCCAGGCACUGGCAAAGAUACAGAAUUGAUGGCUGUGGCAAAGUGGAGCUCACCCAUGCAUAAAUCUGUUUUUCAUAUUCAGCCUCUUCCCUUGGGUUUAAUAUUGUUCAUUUGUUUAGGGGAAACCAGUUGUGCUUCCUUGACUGUGCAGCCUGCCAGAAUUUUUAAAAACACUGGUCACAGACAACAUGUCAGUGGAAUGUAUAUUUUAUCUCACACCCAAAAUCACUGGCUCAAUCAAAUAACAUCUUACUGGCCUGGCUAAUUCUGUUUUGGGGAAUGUUGAUAUUGUGUAAUUGGUAUUUUAUAGUGGGUCUAUUCAAGACGCAUACUUCCUGAUCAUUUGUAUAAAUAAAACCAUGGCCACAUAUACAUGAAUAUUUUUUUUCUGGUCAAAAUAUAGAAAAUAAUGGUGCCAUAAUUUUGCUUGAAAAAAAUAUGUGAACCUGAGAUAUGUGUGGAAUUUGCUUUAUGAAUUCAUCUACAGAGGGGAUCAAUAAAAAGUUUUAUAAUCUUGUUA